AAGCUUUUCACCUACGCUAAUCGUGGGGCCGUGGCCGCCGGGGGAGGGGGAGGGGGAGGAUCACGACAAGCCUUUUGUUGCUCCAUUACUCGAUGUCAAAGGAAGCCGCCACAUGGGCCCAGAAAAAAAGCUUGUGCUGGGCCCUGGCUUCUCUGAUAUAAAUUCUCCCUUUUCCACCCCGAUCCAACCUUUUUUUUCUCUCUAUCUUCUAUCGUCUCUCUCUGGCAGAGCCUUUAUUACUUUCGAUAUUUUAUUCUUUUUUAUCAACACUCCUUUCAUCCUAGACGGAUAUCACUUUCCUUCCUUCUUUUAAGUGUUACUACAUCACACACUCUCUCUCUUGAGAAACAGUCUUAUCUCUUUAUACGCUACCAACACACUCACUACGAAAAUGAUGAAGGCACAAAUCAUCGCAGCAGCCGGGCUGCUCUUCUCCUCGCGCGCCUAUGCGCAGCAGUCUCUCAACCAGGGCUCCGGAUUCGGCACCUACUACUUCGAUGUCGAACAGAUCGAAACCUGUGGCACCAGCUUUGCCGCCCAGAACCAGGGCGGAGUCAUGUGCAGCCACAUCGCCAGCUUGCCCCUUACCGACAUCAAUACUAACUAUGUUGUUGCCAUGAACAACACCCUCCUCCGCGGGGAUAUGGCCAAGUACUGCGGCAAGAAGGUCGUUGUCUCUGUCAACGGCGUAGCCUCCAGCCUACCACUCUUUAUUGGUGACGGCUGUGAGCGCUGUGGCACCGGCCCAUCCACCAGUGACACGUGGGAGGCCAACGGCGCCCCUGGACUCGACUUCAGCUACUCUGUCCUGAAUGAGCUGUCCGGAAGCGCAUGCGCUGACGGACACAUCGAUAUCACCUGGGAAAUCGUCGACGAGAAGCUCUACAACUUUGACACCGACGGAUCAGGUACCGUCCAGGGACCCGCGUCUGGAGGCAGCAGCAGUGGCAGCAGCAGCAGCGCCGCGGCUAAGGUUGCAACUACGGCCACUACUUCUACUUCUUCCUCUGCCACCCAGGAGUCUACCUCUACCUCCCAGGAGUCUACCUCUGCCUCCCAGGAGUCUACCUCUGCCACCCAGGAGUCUACCUCUGCCUCCCAGGAGUCUACCUCUGCCUCCCAGGAGUCUACAUCUGCCUCCCAGGAGUCUGCAUCCAGUGCCAGCACCAGCGUAAGCUCCGCCAGCCAGGCCGUCAACUCCCCAGCCGACGUCGCGCAAGCUGCCGUCCCAACCACGAUGAUAACACAAACCGCCAAGGCCGCUUCCACCACCUCUGAUGCUCCCACCACCUCUUACACGCCCACCGCCACUAGCGGCCUGGAGAUGCUGGCCACUCCCACAACCAGCGAACCUAGCGCGCCCUGCGCAACAGGCGUCUGGGAAUGUAACGGAGACUCUCUCAUGCAAUGCCUGGAUGGGAAGUGGGUCACCCGUGCUACAUGUGUUGACGGUUUGAGCUGUCAGGGAGGCAACUCUCCUUACUGCGCGCCUGCUGGAUUCAGCAAGGCUCUGGGUGGAAACUAGAGCGUCUUUGCCGUUUGAUAUAGAAUAUAGAGUAUAUAAAUCAAUUGAAUUAACGUCUAUCCCU